CAGCACUAGGAAGGCUGAGGCAGGAGGAUCACUGUGAGUUCAAGGCCAGCCUGGGCUACAUAGUGAGACCCUGUCUCAAAAAACAAAAUACAAAACCAAAACAAACAAGUGUUAAUGAGGUUGGAGAAAUCAAAACCCUGUGUGUUGCUGGUGGGAUGAAGCAGUGCAGCGGCUGCAAAGAGCAGAGUCUAGGGUUCCACAAGAGGUGAAAGGCAUUGUGUGUGUCGUCAGGGCAUCUGGAGGCUGCGGCUGCCUGUCGCCUCCGUGGUGCUCUGUCCGGCCCUGCAGGAAGGAGGUGUACUUUUUCCUGCUCUCUUUGAAGUUUUUUGUAAGACCAUGGCUUCUUUUUUUUUUUGGUACUGGGGAUCGAACUCAGGUCCUUGCACUUUCGAGGCAGGUGGCGGAACCACUGAGCUAAAUCCCCAGCCCCGAAGACCGUGAAUUCUUUAGAAAACAGUGGAUGAGUUGGACGUUGCUGGACAAGACACUGUUCCCGUGGUGGCUCAGCAGGGACACUCGGGCCAAUGACGCCCACGUGCUUUGGGGCCACAUAAGGAGUGUGGCAAAUGGGAUGGGGACGCGGGAGGGGACGCCUGGCCACGGUGUGGGCCCCAGGCUGUGUAUUCCAGAGCCACCCACAUCCCAGAGACAGGGUUAGAAGACUCAGUUUCCCCACAGUCUUCCCGCUGGUCAGAGCAGCUGGUCAGAGGUGGGUCGCGUGGGCCCUGUGGAUGCCUGCAUGAGGUUCCUGGGAACCCCUCAGGGGAGGGGAGACCUCAGUUUAUGGGAUCUUAGAUUUCAUCCUAUAAAGCUGUUUGCUUGUGUGCUGCGAGGGCGAGGAGCGAGGGCAGAUAGGAGCCGGAUCUGAGGCGAACAGAGCCAGGUCAGGAGGAAGGCUGUCGGCCCACAGACCUGUGCCUCCCUGGCUCCACAUGAAAGUGGGUAUCGCGGCACUUUCCUCCUCAGGACAAGGGGAGUGUGGGGUGGGGGUCCCUCAGAACGGGGGUCUCCCUGCCCGUGCGCAUCACCCGGCGAGGUGGCCCAGCCCUGGAGCUGCUCACAUCUGGGCCUUUUGGUUUUCACCCAUGAGCCCAAGAGCCACCGGGCCCCCUGCGGGCUGGAGACGCCAGGUGACUUGGUUCCCUCCCUGCUGCCAUCCGUGCGCCUGGGAGUCCCUGCUGCCAUGUCCCUGUCCCUGUGCCCACGGCACCUUGUUGUCCUCAUGCCCUGCCUGCCUUCUUCACCCUGCCCCGUCUCUCUCGCCCAUGUCCACAAAGGUGCCGUCCAUGCCGUGUUUCCAGGAGGUGCCUGCAGAGCCCUGACCCCUCUGUGAGCACAGUGAGGGUCUUGCUUGGGCAGCCGGGGACCCCGACAUCAGGGCCGGCCACCUGCAGCCCUGGUGACCUGCACCAGACCCCAAGUCCUGGGGGCACAGGCCAGAGAGCGAACGCAUGACCCUUGAGGCAGUGACAGCUCCCACACCACCUGCAGAUGGGGCCUGGCCAACAGUGCUGGGACCUGGUCAUCCCUGGAGGCGGGGACACCUGGGGGCCCUCUUCAGGCAUGGGAUGGGCCCCUCAGCUAGGUCCCUGGCACACUUCUGCGCCCCUGGUCCUGGCCAAGCCGGGACUGCUCUCAGGCGGCGUGGUGUGCACGCGCCUCGCCAGGGCUCCUAGACUGAGCUUCCUCUCGGUGGUUUGAGCUGUGGAUUUCAUUUUCACAAGGUGCAAAAUUCUGAUGGCACACAGGGGAACCCCAAGAAAUGUAAGCUGUCGCCCGUAUCUCUGGACCCCAAAGCAGGGCUCGGGCCCCUGUGGACAGGGCCAGCCAGGGCCCUUCCUUCUUCAGUGCUGUGUGUGCUCUGGGCUGGGGCCGUGUGACUCACCGUCCCUCCUCCCUUCCCCUCUCUCCAUCCCUCCGUCCCGCCUAUGUUCCCUUCUUUCUUCCCUCCAACAGGGUCUCACUAUGCAUCUCAGGCGGGCCUUGAACUCAUGGCCCUCCUGCCUCAGUGCUGGAAUUACAGGUGUGCACCACCACACCUGGUUUUCAUGGCCUGUGUGCUGGUGUCUGGGGAACAGUGGGGAGACUUUUGUCCCAGGACAUGGCAUCCAGGGUGACCCGGCCACACUCUGCUCCUGAAGCUCCUGGCUGUCACCAUUCGGUGCCCUCCCACGCAGCCCAGCGCUGCAGUGUUAGGGCUCCAGUUGGACCCCACUCCUGCCCGGGGCCUUGUGCCACUGGGCCAGGCUGGUGCCUUUCAGCAAAAUGAACAUCAUUUUUAAAAACCACAGGUGGGGCCGGGAUGUAGCUCAGUGCUUCCGCCACCUGCCUCAAAAGCACAAGGGCCUGAGUUCGAUCCCUGCUGACAUGGUGGCACAUGCCUAUGAUCCCAGCCCUAGAGAGGGUGAGGCAGGAGAAGUCUCAUGAGUUCAAGGCCAUAACGAGACCCUGUCUCAAAGACAAAGCCCCACAGGUGGACGGGGAGAGCACAGCGUGCCUGUGCCAGCCCCAGCGUCCCCUCGAAGGCCCUUGGUCUCCCUUUGGCUCCAAUGGAAAGGAGUUGCCCUGUGCAGAGCUUCCUUCUCCUCGCUAAAGCCCAAGCGCAGCGAGAGUCCUACAGCUCCGAGGCCCAGUGCGGAAGGAAGUCGAGGUGGGGGGACUCAAGCCACACUGGGCGCUCUGACUGUGGGGCCGCCUCUGGGGGACACCGGCCACGUGGAAGCUUUAUAUAUGCAAAGUAGAAAACCAAACACUGCGCCCCUUGCUGGGGAUCGAACUUGGGUCCUUGCGCUUGCAGGGCAGAGGGCGGAACCACUGAGCUAAAUCCCCCGCCCUCCCUUGACUUUUUAAUGUGAGGAAAGAAAACCUCCAAGCCGGUGCUGGACGGUCACUCCGGUCACUCCACACACGGCCAGUCACCGUGCCGGGCCCCUUGUGGUCUCAUGAAAGCCGAGGGGCCGCUCCCCACACUCCUCCCAGGACAGCGGCUGCUUUGCCCUCAUCCGGCCCAGAUAGGACGGUUAUGGGUCUUACCGCCCUCAUGGCUGUGCUCCCAGGGCCGCCCCUUGGCAGCUGCGCAGGUCACGGCCGCAUAAAAGGGGCCGGGCUGACGCUCCGCAGCGCAGGGGGGACGAGCGAGUGCAGGACCAUAGCGGAAGAGCUGCAGAUCCGCCACGUGGACUUCAUGAAGCGCGACAAUGCCGUGUCUCACCACACGGCCGAGUUCCAGACGCCCGACCUGGUGCUGCGGCGCGGACAGACGUUCAUGCUGCGGCUGCAGCUGAGCCAGCCCCUGCAGCCCCGCGACGCCCUGACGCUGCAGUUCAGCACGGGACCCUGGCCCAGCGUGUCCAAGCACAUCCUGAUCUCGCUGGACCCGCACUCCGCCGGCUGCCACGGCUGGAAGGCCAGCGUCCGCAGCGAGGCCGGCUCGGAGGCCGUCGUCGCCGUCACCAGCGCCCCCAACGCCGUGGUGGGCAAGUACUCGCUGGAGGUGAAGAGCGGCCACAGCUUCCGGCCCGACGAGAGCGCCGUGUACCUGCUCUUCAACCCGUGGUGUAGGACGCCAUGUUCCUGCCGGCCGGCGGAGGAGCACCGAGCCGAGUACGUCCUCAGGGACACCGGCUACCUGUACAUGGGCUCCUUCCGGCAGAUCAAGGCGAAGCCCUGGAACUACGGCCAGUUUGAGAAAAACGUCCUGGAUUGCUGUAUGCUCCUGAUGGCCCAGAGCUACCUGAAGACCAUGGACAUGCGGGACCCUCUGAUGGUGGGGAGGAACAUGGGAGCCAUGAUCAACUCGCAGAACAAGGCCGGGGUGCUGGUCGGGAACUGGUCCGGCAACUACGAGGGCGGCACAGCGCCCUACCUGUGGUCGGGCAGCGCGCCGAUCCUGCAGCAGUUCCUCAGCUCCGGGGCACCCGUGUCCUUCGGCCAGUGCUGACCGACGGUAUGGAUGGGAGCGGCGGGGCCAGGCUGACGCCCCGCCCCUGCAGUGCUGAGGGCCCUGGGCGUCCCCGCGCGCAGUGACUCCGCCCACGACACGGAGGAGAACCUCACGCUGGACAUGUUCGCGGACGAGAUGGGGAAGACGGUGCCCGACAAGACCAGCGACUCCGUCUGGAACUUCCACGUGUGGACCGAGGCCUGGAUGAGGCACAGGGACCUCCCCUCGGGCAACGACGGCCGGCAGGUGGUGGACGGCACCCCGCGGGAGCUCAGCCAGGGUGAGGCUCUAUGCUGCGGGCCCUCGCUGGUGGCCGCCAUCCGGGGCAACAUCUUCAUGGGGCGCGACACCAAGUUCGUGUUCUCGGAGGUGAAUGCCGACAAGCUGGUGUGGCUGGUGAGGACGGUGGGCGGGCGGGCCCAGGUCGGCCUGCUGCCGAUGGGGACCACGAGCACCGGCAAGAGCAUCAGCACCAAGGCGGUGGGCCAGGGCCGCUGCAGCGACAUCACCCACCAGUACAAGCUCCCCGAAGGCUCCUUGGAAGAGAGGGCAGUCAUGGACCACGCCUUCUCGCUGCUCAGCUUCAAGCGGGAGUACACGAUCCCUGCCAAGGAGGACCUGCUGGAGCUCUCCAUGCAGGAGGAGCCGGUGCUGCUGGGGGACCCUCUCAGCUUCUCUGUGACGCUGUGGAGGAGGGCCACCACCCCCUAGACGGUCACCUUCUCAGGCUCCUUUGACCUGCAGUCCUACAUGGGCAAGCAGCUGGCACACCUCGGUGGUAUCCAGAAGACCGUGCAGAUCCAAGAAGAAGUGUCCAACGUAGUGCUGACCUGGGAUUCCAGCACCUACUCCGACAGCCGACUCAUUUGAGACAAGCCGGUCAUCAAAGGGUUCAUCGUGGCGGAAGUGAUGGAAACCAGGAGACCAUCAGAGACCAUCACCACAGAGAUGUUGCUGUGUUUCCAGUACCCGCGGUCCACUAUAGAGCUGCCCAACACGGGCAGGGUGGGCCAGGUGCUCGUCUGCACCUGCACCUUCAGGAACGCCCUGGUGAUCCCGCUGACCCACGUCAGGUUCUCUGUGGAGAGCCUGGGCCUGUCCUCCCUGCAGACCGUCGAGCAGGGGACGGUGCUACCGGGCAAGACCGUGCAGUCCCAGAUAAGAUGCAUCGCAGUGAAGGCGGGGCCCCGGAAGUUCAUCAUCAGGCCGAGCUCCAGGCCCGUGAAGGAGAUCCACUCGGAGAAGGUGGUUCUCAUCACCCAGUAGCCACUGCCCCAGCCGUGGGGACAGAGCCCCCCCCACCUACGGGGUUGAGCUUGUCACAUUUCCUUCCCACUUAGCCACAGAUCACACAUGAUUAGCUUCGACUGCUCUUGGGAGGCAGAUUCAGGAGCCAGUGGGCAAGACAGGAGGUCAAAGGCAGCCACACCCACCUGGCCAGAGACCCCCGGCCUCAGCCCAGAACCCUCCCACCUUCCCAGGUCACAGCCUCCAAAAGCAGGGUCACUGCCAUCUACAGUCAGAACCCAGACAUGGAGCCUCAGGCCAGAGCUGCUGCUGCUCCCUGCAAGAAGCCACCCUGGGGACAGCCGAGGCAGGGACUGGGCUGGAGAAAGGCCAGAGUGGGAAGCCCAGGGUGCCUGUUCUGUGCAGCACCCGGAGCAAGUCCCUCCCCUCCCCGACGAAGCCGCUUCCUCCUGGGUCUGCCUCCCACGCUGUUCUGCUCUCCAUGAUCAGAUGCCUCUAAACGCUGCUUCAGGGUGACCAGGUGGUCCCAAGUCACGUGUUCUUUACUCCCCAAGCUGCUGGGCGGCCCCAGGGUGCUGCAUCCUGGAACACCCAGGUCCAGGCUCCAUCCCUCGGGCUCUCGGAGUGGAUGUGUCCCAGGCAGGGAAUUGGUGGGAUACUGGACUCCCCCCAUCUUAGGGUAAAACCCCAAUCCCAGGGCUCUCGUCCUGGAGAUCCACUUCCUCCCUGGCGCACCUGGCGCUCAGUGGGGUCAGAGGUGACCUCAAGAUGGAACCACCCUGGUGAGGACUGACUGAGAUCCACGGCAGCGCUGGGCCCCAAGGCAAAGUGACACUCGCAUACUUCGCAGGCUCAGGUACCUCGCACACUGACCCGUAAGGUAGGCACUGCCCAGGGCUUUGGACUGGGAUCACCAUGGGGAACAGGGACUCACCACAGAGGCCAAGAGAGCUCUUUAUUAAAGAAAGAGGCGAGGCUCGCAGCCACCGCCCUGGGGAGACCUGGCCUUGCUGAUGCCCAGUGGAAUGUGAUGUGGCAGCUGCCACCUCGGGGAGAAGACCGCUGUGUCCCCAGAGUGGGAGCACGAGGCUCAGGCUGGGACAGGCGCAGCUCCCAGGGGGUGCUGGGCGCGGCCCCAGGGUGUGCGCCCCUGCCUGCCCUCCCCCGGGUACCUGGGGACAGCACUGCUCUCCCGGUGUGCAGCUGGCCGCCCAGGGCUGCAUGGGUCGGGAGCACAUGGGGCCCGCGGCCGGCGGACAGCUCUCUUCCGGGACUCUGGGCCUGGCCGGCCUUAAUGAGGACUAAGCUGAUUCCGGCCGGCCGGAAGGCGCUGCCCUCCUGGCUCUCUGUUAGUUAACGCUAGGCCUGGCCACCACCGUCACAGGGGGAGUGGGAAGCUCUGGGUGAGGGUUAGCACGGGGUGGCCCUGGCCUGGGAGCCAGCGACCACAGAGUCUGGGGCAGCCUAGGGACAGGAGCGCAGACAGGGCGCUGCCACCAGGGGCCACCUCCCUCUCCGGUCCCCAAGCUCUCCUGGGUGGGUGACUGCUGAAGCAGAGCGGGCAGGGCUCUGGGCUGCCGCAGCCACUGCUGGGGACAUACGGAGGGACCAAUCCGGAGUUGGGGCUGGGCCUGGAGCGAGUUUCUCAGACAGCGACUGUACAGAAGGGGGCUCAGCAGCCACUUCAGCGGGCUCAGGACAGGACACCCAACACUCCGACUUCACACGGGCCGAGGGUUCCAGGUGGCAUGGGGUGCCUGUCCCCUCGUCUGUCUGCAAGGUGUGGCCAUCACCCCUUCGUUCUGGGACAAGCCUGCCCUCUCUGGGAGGACUGGCGGCUCAGUGGGUCCUGCACAGCUGGCCUGUGGCCCUGCACCCCCAGGAGGAGGGACGCGUUGUUCCCACGCAAGGAGGCCCUCCCGUCCCCUGGAGGGGCUGUGGCCGCCAGCGGAGGACCCCAGGGGCCCAGCGUGGGGCUGGUGUGGGGUUCUCCAAUGACAAGUGCUGACACUCCACCCCGGGUGGUCCCCGCCCAUGCGGGCCUGUGAAUGUGUGUGCGUGUGAACAUGUGUGCGUGUGAACUUGUGUGUGUGUGUGAAGAGUUGUGGCAGCCACGUCUUCCUCUCAGGCAGGCAGUGGGUCAGGGUCCAGCCUGGUCUCCUGUUCUGUCCCCAAGGCUGGCCCUUUGUG